AUGAUGACGAUACCAGUGGUCCGGAUACGGAACGCCCAGCAACUCUACUCCAUCGCGCAUAACGCAACCGAUCUCUCUCAACUCCUGCUUGCUUUCCCUCGACACCCUCAUGCCCCUGCCAUCACGCUAACACCUGAACUGCUACCACCUCCUGCCCGCCCCCAACCACCUGGUGCUCCGCGCGCCAUCGAUACCACACGCCCGACGCACGCGCCGACGCCGUCGUUCCCCGGCGCUGCUGGCCCGCAGCGCCGCCAGUCGCCGUGGCAUGAGAUCUCGCACUCGCUCUCUACCACCUCGCUGCCUGCGCGCGCUACGCCCGGCGGUGCGGCGACGCCCGCAGCUGCAGAUGCCGCAACGGCCGCCACGCCAAUACGAAGAACGCCGGAGAACGGCAGCGAUGCUGCUGGCAGCCCGGCGUCGUCAGCCGCGGGCUCGUUCCACUUGUCUGGCUCGGCGACGUCGCAGGCCCUGAGAGACUGGGAGAGGCUGCUCGCCCAGCCUGAUUCCGACGUGACGCGCCACACGCUCGUGCACGGCUCGCCGCUGCUCGCGCCGACGGGCGCGCCCAAGCUUGCCGCGGAGCGCGAUAAAGAGGGCCACAUCGAGUACAAGCUCAAGCUUGUCGAGCCGAGCCCCGAGCGGUUCCAGCGGCUGGUUACGCAGAUGAUGUGGCGGCUGAAGCAGGGGCGCAACGAGGCGAUCUAUGAGCUCGGCCUGGCGGACGACGGGACAGUCAUCGGGCUGACGCGAGCCGAGAUGGACGCGUCGCUGCGCACGCUCGAGCUCAUGGCGUCCGAGGUCGGCGCGACGGUCAUCGUGCUGAAAGAGAUCGUGCUGCAGGGUGCGCCUGUCAACCCGCCCAACCUCGAGCCCGAGUCCCCGAGCGGCAGCGUGGUCACCGACAGCAGAGCCGGCCCGUGGCGCAUCACCCGCCCCGACCUUGACGAGCACGGCCGCCCGCGCAAGGGCACGCGCGGGCUCAACGGUCAGGGACCCGAGGUCAAGACGCGGCGCGAGCGGUACCGCGACAAGAUGGACGCCGAGGAGGCGGCCACCGCGUCGCCAAACGGCGCGACGCCAGAGUCGUACACAAAGCGGCAUAUUAUUUUCGACCACCGCGACGCGCUAGACGGCGACGAGACCGAGACCGACUCGGACGUGUCGUCGCGCAGAGUAUCGUCGCGCGCCAGAGCGUCGUCGCACGCGAGCGACGACGACCCGCCAGCGUUCACGCUGGAUAUGGACGACGCGCCGCGCUCCACGCCGUCGCCCGACGCCGAGCCCGUGCGCGGCGAGGCCAAGCGGCGCAAGGCGGCAGCAAGGCGCGAGGCGCGCCGUCUCGACCUUCUGCGCGGGGACGGCACGUCGUCGAUGCCAUACGCUGAGCGCUCGUCGUCCCCCGUCGCGGAAUUCAUAGGGCACGCGCCGGCCGUCGCGGCGCCUGCGCUGGCGAGGUUGGCGCACCAGCCUGCCCGGCCGUCGUCGUUACGGCUGGAGCGCGCGCCGGCGUCGGCGACGGCGUCUACGGCCGCCUCGCCGCUGGACCACACGACGGCGAGCCCGCUGACGCCGCUGGCUGAGCGCGUCGACGAGCGUGCCGACGUCCCACCCAGCACCGCGGGCCCAGAUGACGUCUUCCUCGACGGGCUCAACCUGCCGCUCGACUCGCUGUCCUUGUCGUUCGCCGACGUGCGCAUCGACGACUCGAACGCGCCGUCGGCCGCGACGUCGCCCGAGGCCCCUGCGCUGCUCGGUAACGGCAGCGGCACCGGCGGCGAGAUGAUCUGCGUCGAGGCGCUCGUCGUGCGCAAGCCGCUGCACGACGGAGUGGGGGGUACCGACGAGUCGUGGGUCUUUGGCGGCGAAGACGACGGGUGGGGCUUUGGUGCUGGCGGUGGCGGCGGGGAGGACGACGCGUGGGGGUUUGACGAUGAGGAGGAGUGA